UUAAAAACCAUCCCAAUGUACUGCCAUUAAUUUUAGCCUCUAUUCUCAUUCCCAUUUGGGGGAACCUUGUAGUCACCUGGCUGUCACCAGUUUCUUGUCCCAUCCCCUUCCCCCCUGCACUUGGCGUCUGGAAUGUGGGCUAGGAUAGCCACAUAGAAGCACAGCGUUUGGAGGCGCACCUCUGGAUCUAGACUCUGGUAUUGCAGAUACGGAAUGGAUGUGCCUGUGUCUGCCACUGAAAAUCAAUUCUCCAUUCCCUUCUGACAUCUCUGAAGAAUCUAGGGAUCAGAUUCAACAUACUAAGAUGUUUGCGCAAGAGAAUAUUGAACUAGACUAAGCACUGUUCAUCUUAAAGGGUAUUUAUGAGCCGGCAUUUCUUAUAUAACUGCAGUGAACCUACCCUGGAUGUGAAAAUUGCCUUUUGUCAGGUGUGUGUUCCUAACAGGUAAAACAAGGGAUUUAGUAAUCAAGUGGAUGUGUCAUAUAUUGCCAAACAUUACAACAUGAGCAAAAGCAAAGUUGACAACCAGUUCUACAGUGUGGAAGUAGGAGACUCGACCUUCUCGGUUUUGAAACGCUACCAGAAUCUCAAGCCUAUAGGCUCUGGGGCUCAGGGAAUAGUGUGUGCUGCUUACGAUGCUGUCCUUGAUAGAAAUGUGGCCAUUAAGAAACUUAGCCGACCAUUUCAAAAUCAAACACAUGCCAAACGGGCAUACAGGGAACUGGUCCUAAUGAAGUGUGUAAAUCAUAAAAAUAUUAUCAGCUUAUUAAAUGUCUUUACACCACAGAAGUCUCUUGAGGAGUUCCAGGAUGUCUACCUAGUAAUGGAACUGAUGGAUGCCAAUCUAUGUCAGGUGAUUCAGAUGGAACUGGAUCACGAGAGGAUGUCUUACUUGUUGUAUCAGAUGCUAUGUGGCAUUAAGCAUCUUCAUUCUGCUGGAAUUAUACACAGGGAUUUAAAACCAAGUAAUAUAGUUGUGAAAUCAGAUUGCACAUUGAAGAUCCUCGAUUUUGGAUUGGCAAGGACGGCUGGCACUAGCUUCAUGAUGACUCCCUAUGUAGUAACACGUUAUUACAGAGCACCAGAGGUCAUUCUUGGAAUGGGAUACAAGGAAAAUGUGGAUAUUUGGUCUGUGGGAUGCAUUAUGGGAGAAAUGGUCCGCCACAAGAUCCUCUUUCCAGGAAGGGACUAUAUUGACCAGUGGAACAAAGUGAUAGAACAACUGGGAACACCGUGUCCAGAGUUUAUGAAAAAGCUUCAACCAACAGUUCGGAAUUAUGUUGAAAAUCGACCCAAAUAUGCUGGUCUCACGUUCCCCAAACUUUUCCCAGAUUCUCUAUUUCCAGCAGAUUCAGAACAUAAUAAACUGAAAGCCAGUCAAGCAAGAGACCUCUUAUCAAAGAUGCUUGUCAUAGAUCCUGCUAAGAGAAUAUCAGUUGAUGAGGCACUACAGCACCCUUACAUAAAUGUAUGGUAUGACCCUGCGGAGGUGGAGGCGCCUCCUCCUCAAAUCUAUGACAAACAGCUGGAUGAAAGGGAACAUACAAUUGAAGAAUGGAAAGAGCUCAUCUAUAAGGAAGUUAUGAACUUUGAAGAAAAAACUAAAAAUGGCGUAGUAAAAGGACAGCCUUCUCCUUCAGGUGCAGCAGUGAACAGCAGCGAGAGCCUCCCUCCGUCCUCAUCUGUCAACGAUAUCUCCUCCAUGUCCACUGACCAGACACUGGCAUCCGACACAGACAGCAGCUUGGAAGCUUCUGCGGGACCCCUUGGUUGUUGCAGGUGACUAGCCGCCUGCCUGAGAAACCCCACCUUCUUCCGACGAUGAUGUGAUUGGGAACGCAUCCGUCUAUCUGUAUAUUUGCAAGAACAGGAAAGAAAGGAAGUAGAAAUGUCAAAUAUUUCCCUUCUAGCCUGCUUCUCCUAAAGAGUUAUGUCAUGCAGCUAAGCUCAAAUGUAUAUUUAACUUAUAGUUGCUCUGCUUUGGUCUUCUGGUUAUGCUUACUACAAGAAACAAAUGGGUUACUUCACAAACAAACAAACAAAAAUUAUCUUUGCAUACAUUAUAAUGGCUGUGAAAUCAGCAAGUUCCAAUUACCUUUUCUCAUUACAUGACAAAGAUGUGCAGUUGCCAUUCAAGCGUGUGCGUGUCCAUAUGAACGUAUGCGUGUGCUGUACGUACUUUAAUCUCAUCAGAAUCGUUUGAAUAUCCGUUCAAGAGCCUUCCAUCUUUCCAGUGGAUGGAUGUAGAUAAUUUCACACUUGUACAUCAGAUGUACUGUAUACAUGCAAGCAUAUAUGUAAUAUUAUAAAAA